AUGCACAAUAUCACUGUUGCUAUUCGAGUUAAGCCAGUACAACAAAGCUUUAAAACAAUUCUUGUUAAUGGCUCUACGGUUACAUUACUUGAUCCUGAAUUAGAAUUCAAUAAUCCUGUCGAUGUAAAAUGACAUUUCUAUAUUAUAUUUUACAUCCUAAAGAUCCUGAAAAAGAAUAGAAUAAAAGAUGCAUCAUAUGAGUUUGACUUCGCUUUUGAUUAAUAAGCCGAUCAAAAGGAAGUGUAUGAAAAAUCAGCAGAACCACUUUUAGAUGAUUUAAUUUCUGGAUAAAAUGUAACUAUUUUUGCAUAUGGAGCAACAGGAAGUGGGAAAACACAUACGUAAUAAUAAAUACAAUAAUAUUUAUAGUAUGAUGGGAAGUUAAAAUCAACAAGGAAUCAUACCAAGAGCAUUGAAUGAUUUGUUUGGAAGAUUAACAAAAGAUUAAGCUGCUUAAGUAUUUCAACAUUCUUAUUAUUAAGGCAUCACUUACUUUCUUAGAAAUUUAUAAUGAAACUAUUCGAGAUCUCUUAACUGGUAAAUUAUUAGACUUGAGAGAAGAUGGGAACAAAGGAUUAGUAGUUGUGAAUUUAUUCAAAGCUCCAGUUCCUACUCUUAAUGAUAUUACUUAAUAUAUAAAAUAUGGUAACAGUAGAAGAGCAAAAGAGCCUACUGGUGCUAAUGAAAACUCUACAAGAUCUCAUACAGUUUUAUAAUUAAUGCUUAAGUAGUGCACUUUUACAUUUGUUGAUUUAGCUGGUUCUGAAAGAGCUUCUUAAACUACAAAUAAAGGUUAAAGAAUGAUAGAAGGAGCAAUGAUCAAUAGAUCACUCUUAGUACUUGGUAAUUGUAUCAAGGCUUUAUUUUCUAAAGAAUAAUUUGUUCCAUUUAGGGGAAGCAAAUUAACAAGAUUAUUAAAAGAUGCACUUUAAGGAAACUCUAAAACUGUUAUGAUUGCUAAUGUUGCUCCAAAUAAUUAUGAGGAUUCAUUUAAUACACUUCUUUAUGCUCAUAGAACUAGAAAUAUUGAUCCUACUCCUAAUAACUUUUAAGAAAUGAUUGUUUCAUUAAGAGAAGAAAAUGAAGAUAUUAAAAAAACACUCAAAAAAUAAAAUAGUUAAUCUAAAUUAUAACUUUAAAUUGAACAAUAAUUUAAAGAUCAAUAAAAAUAAGAAAAAAUUGAAAAACAAUAAUAAUAAUAAUAAUUAUAAUUAUAAUAAUCAUAAUAAUAAUAACAAUCAUAAUAAGCAGAAAAAUAUGCUUAUGAUGAAGAAUAAAUUAAGUCAUUUAUUUUAAAAUAAUUUUCUUAAGAAUCCGAUUUGAUUAAAUAAUUAUUUAAAUUAGAAGAUGCCUUGAUGCAGACUCAUCUUGAUAUAGUUGAAUAUCAUAAACAAUAGAGUGUUUAAUUUCAAUAAAAAACUGAAGAUCUUAUUAAUAAAUGCUCUGAAUCAAUUAAUAAUACAGAAAAUGAGUAAUUUGAAAUUGCUAUGAAAUAUAAAACUAUUUUACAAUAAAGAAGAAAAAUUUAUGAUGUAAUCUAUUUUUAUUAAUUUAAAUUUAGUAAUGCAUGUAAAGCCAGUUUUAAUCAGUCAAAGAAGAAUUUAGAAAAUAAGUCUAAAAUAUUGAAAAAUUGAAAGGAUAAUAAAGUGAGAAAAGAGAAGAAAUUAUGAAAAAGUUUAAAGAGUUAGAAAUUGAACAUCUCAAAAAAAUCUCAAAUUCGAAAAAUGGUAAUUAAGUACAAAUCAAUGAAGAAACAUUAAAAGAAAUUAAGAAAAAUAGAUUAUAAAGUUUAAACAAAUAAAUUAAAGAUGGAAAAUUGUGAAUGCAUUAAACAAUAUUAAAAAAUA